AAUCGUUCUGAUGACUAUGGAGAGGUUCAUUGCGGUGGAGGCAAACGUGCUAAAAAGAGGGGCUUUGGAACACUUCCAGGAGAGUCCAUCAUAGAUAGACUCAAUAAUCGAAUGAGAAGAAUGAGGGACACAGGCUACCAUGACGAGGAUGAUCAUGAUACUAACUAUAAUUUUGACUUCCCCAAUUUCGUGGCAGUAAUCCCAGAUUGGCCUUCAGCAAGUGCCCAGCAGUUCGCAGAGAACUACUGCAAGCAAGCAUUGCAGAACUCCAGUAUGUCAGCGUUUUGUGCUGAACAAGGAAACGUGGAUAUCUUCAGUACCCUCACACAAUGCGUGGAAGACAUCAAGCUGACUGGUGACCUGGAUUGGGCAUCUUCUGCCUUGAACAACAUGGAACAGCAGUGCAGUAGCGCCGUCUUGGCAAAUGUCAGCAUGUUUGAAGAGAACGAGAACGGGACAUUGACUCCGCCGCAAGCCUUUGUUCAAAAGUUGUGUCUAAACCAAUGCAGUUUCAAAGGCACUUGCGCUGAUGGCGAAUGCAUCUGUAACGAUGGCUGGAUCGGCAAAGAUUGUGGAGUCGUUGCUGAUACUGCGCCCGUGGUGUGGGAUCUCAAGAGAGGCGGUCUUUGCGACAUUCGCCAGAGGCCGUGUGAAAAGGUCAACGUUUUCGGCAAAAACCUACUCAAGUCUGAGAACUUGACAUGUCGAGUAGCUGAAGCCUCGUUUCAAAAUGGCCAAUGGACGAAAAGCGGAAUAAGCUACCAGACAUCUGCUUCCUUCGAAAGCUUCACAGAAAUUGCCUGCUACCUACCACCACCCAAGGUUCAACCAAACAGGUACCACUUACCCGGUGACGGCACUCCAUCUUAUGGGCUGUAUAUCUCUAUUAGCAACGAGGGUGUGUACUUCAGCGACGAACUCUUGCUGAUCAUCUAUGAUUCGGUUUGCCAGAACUGUGUAGAGGAUGGCGCUUGCUCUUUGAAGGAUGGGUCUUGCCUUAUUAGAGGCUACUGCUUUGAAGACCAAGACUCUAACCCAGACGAUUGGUGUCAACAGUGCUUGGCAAGUACAAAUACAUCCGAAUGGAGUAGAAGGGAAGUGAAUCAGCCUCCGUCAAUCCUUUCAUCAGGCAACAUCACUAAGGUGCAAUCUGACUCCUUUACCGUAAUGAUUGCCGGACAUGACCCUGAGGGUCGUCCAAUGUCAUUCUCGGCCAGCCAAAACCUUCCCCAUGGUCUAUCGCUCAGCCCAGACGGUUUCCUAACCUGGAUCUCACAUGGUCCAGAUACCUUUGCCAUGGAUAUCAUCCUUACAGACCAAUGUGGCGCCCAAGACGUGCAAGCGUUUACCUUCUCAACCAUCCCAUGCCCGUGCAACAAUAACGGAGUGUGUGUGCCUUCUCCCGGCAUGCCUAUAGGGGAGGGGCACUACGACUGUCUGUGCCAGCCUGGCUUCACGGGACCACGUUGUGACAUAAACACGAAUGAGUGUCAGUCCUCUCCUUGUCAAAACAACGCCACAUGCAUAGAUCUGGUAAACUCGUUCAUCUGCACCUGUCCCGUUGGUUUUAUCGGGGAAUAUUGUGCCACUCUCGAUGAAUGUGCUUUGAACCCAUGUUUCCCUGGAGUCCAGUGUCAAAGUACCACCUCUGGUCAAGCUUGUGGGGACUGCCCUCCUGGUUAUCAUGGAGAUGGCAUGACAUGCACACAAUUGCCAUCAUCCUGCAACAAUAAAUACCACCAAAUGAAGAACAGUGGGGAGUUAGCAACGGAUGGCAUCUACAUUAUCGAUGUCGAUGGACAGGCUACACCGGUGUACUGUGACAUGUCCCGUGACGGUGGGGGCUGGACCCUGAUCGUGACGAGCAAGUCGAUGGCAGGCUGGGAUAAAGGAAACAUCCUGUCAUAUAAUGAAGGAUCACCUACAACAGACGCAGACUACUCAAUUCUUGGGAAAGCUGACCGAAUCAAAGUGUCAGGCGCAUCCACGAAUGUAGUCCAGUACCGACUUGAGGCCGAGGCCCCAGGGCGCUGGGGUGGGGUGUGGGAAGUUCCUCUUGACUAUUCCUUCACCCACAAGAGGAACAACCAGACAGACGUGAUCCUCGUCUCAAAGUUUGAUACCUGGGAGUACGGACCGCGGAGUAUCGGGCAGAGGAUGCCGUGGAUCGUGGAGGACCCCGGCCUUCCAGCCGUGUUGACAACCGCUGAGAUGCCUAACCAAGAUUGGUACGGCACUGUUGUGGGUAGUGAUCUUGGUCUUCCAAUUUUCCAAGACUUUAAGGCACCGUGGAUUCGGGACUUGGCGGAGCUCCCUAACGGCAUCUGGUACUGGCUUAGAGAGAUUGAGCGUUAUCGACUGCACGUCUGCGACCACCACGUGGACGUACUUUCCUGCAGUGAUGGGACGGUCAUCGAUGUUGUGACUGCUAUGUAUGGAAGGACAAAUCCCAUCAUCUGUGACAACGGCCAGCUUCUGGUGGCGGACUGUGAGGCCACUGGAUCUCUACAGAUCGUGAAAUCUGGUUGUGACGGCCGCACCACCUGCCUCGUACGCGCCGAGGAUAGCAUCUUCGGAGAUCCGUGUCCAGGAGUUCACAAAUACCUUGAAAUCACUUACAACUGUGUCGCUCCAGGUACUUCAGGCUCACUCCAUGGCCCUGAGGGGUAGAGGCAGAUUUGGGGAAAAUAACAAUCUACACCAAGAACAGAAGUGCCUCGUAAUACUCACUGUGUUUGUAGAUGACUGAGCUUACCCAGUCAAAAAACUAUGAUUUCACUUGUAAUUUAUCCUAGGUCUUGGAGCAAGUUCUAUGUAAAUUGAGCCCAUGACUUGCAUUGCGCCAAGCUUUAACUGGAGACAAUUAACUCUAAGAUGUUGCACGCCUUUUAAGAUGCCAUUUGAAUAGAUGAAGUAGUAGUGAUCUUUUACCUUUAUAAUUUAAUGUUUACUUAUAUUUAUCUAUAGUAUAACAAAUCCUUGCUUUAAAAAGAGCUGGGAGCACUUUAUCCAUCGUAUGACUUAUUUAGAAUUAAAAAAAACAAAUAGGAUACUAUGAACAUGUUUACUUUGUCUAUAUCAUAACUUUUCCAUGAAAUUAGACGAUUUCUCAGUCGAGAGAUGUUUUUAAGUAAUGUAACAUAAUGUUUUAAAGCAAUGUAAUGUAAAGGUCAAUAUUUUUUUCCGCUGCUCUUUGAAGAGUUGCCAUGUACAUUGUGGGACUUGCGAUUGGAUAAUAUAUAUGCGAUUGCCUUUGGGCCUAGUGAAUCUGUUUAACGACUUCAUCGACUUGUACUUUUAAUGUACAUUAGUUAAGCUGCAAGUCGUUUGCUUUAU